UUAUUUUUCCUUUAACUUUCAGGAACUUUAUUCCAAUUUAAGGUUAUAAUUUUGUUACAGGGUGCCUUCAUCAGAUAUACCUACUUAUGAAGCUUUUAUUGAUCAUGAAUUUCAAUACAAUGCUAAAACAUUUUCCUAAAUAAAAUAUGUAUCAGAUAUUAAAGUAAAAUUCAGAGAAAAUGGCUUUACCUAUACAGUGAAAAAAGGAAAAAACACAUUGUACUGGGUGUAUCUAUUCACAAAUUUUCUUGAGUAGAGUAGGGUAUCUGUUUUUUAUUUAACAAUAAUUCUUAAAAAGAUAAAAGUUGGUCAACCUUGUGAAUUGUGAAUAAUGUCAUGCCAAAAAAUAUCACCCUUUGCAACAUUAUUAUUUCAAUACGGAUGUUAUAUUAAAUAAAGCAAACAUAUCAGGAUGUUAGCAAAAAGCUUAGAGCCAACGACCUAAAUUUAAGUCAAUGAUUUUUGCUGAAUCGACAAAGCUUCAUUUUUUAGUUAGUUAUAAAUCUAAAUUCGGGCGCUAAAGUGGUGCUAUGUGCUUCGGUCUACAGAAAGAUAGAAUAGUCUCCGGUUUUUAACAUUUAUAAAUUAUUAUGCCUAGUGUUCUCAUCUAUUAAUCAACCCUUUAGUUGUAAUCAAUAAACCUAAUUAUUCUUAAUGUUUUGGAACUUAUUGUUUUAGUUCAUUAAAACCCCAAAAAAUCCCAAACCCCCAGUUGCAACAAAAUAAUUGGGUUAGAAAACUUGUGUUAAACCCAAAGUUAUCUACUCUAAUCUGUAACUAAUACUUAAAUUAGGUGCUAUAUUAUUGACAAAAGUUUUUGGGUAAGUUAGUAUAAUAUGUUAAUGGUUUUGAGGCUCUAUUACUAGAUUUUCUUAAACUAAUUUUUUACAUUCAAAGGUUUUUUUACCUUACAUUAAAUGAUUACUAAGUUUUAUAGUACUUGAACAGGCUUAAAAGCAAAAAUAUUAGUGACGCGAAUCUCUAGGAUAGAAUUCUGCGAGCGUGGCGGCAGGGAUACGCUUCAACAUUUCCUUGGGGAAGAUACGGAGCAACUGCCAGCCGAUGUCCAAAGAUUCAAAUACGGUUCUGUUUUCGUAAUUUCCCUGCGAGAUAAAAUUCUUUUCAAAUUUGGUCAAAAAUUCCAAAUAGAGAAGAUCAUCUGGGGUCAAGGCUUCCUCACCGACUACGGCCUUCAUGGCUUGAACAUCCUUACCAAUAGCAUAGCAAGCGUAGAGCUGGUUAGAUACAUCAGAGUGGUCCUUUCGAGUCAUACCCUCACCAAUAGCAGACUUCAUCAAACGCGACAAGGAUGGCAACACAUUGACUGGCGGGUAGAUCUGUCUGUUGUGCAACUGUCUGUCUACAUAGAUUUGACCUUCAGUAAUAUAACCAGUCAAAUCAGGAAUUGGAUGCGUAAUGUCGUCGUUAGGCAUCGUUAAGAUGGGAAUUUGAGUGAUGGAACCGUUUCUACCUUCAACACGACCAGCACGCUCAUAAAUGGUAGCCAAAUCAGUGUACAUGUAACCUGGAAAACCACGACGACCAGGUACUUCUUCUCUGGCAGCGGAUACCUCACGCAACGCUUCGGCAUAUGAAGACAUAUCAGUCAAGAUAACUAGAACGUGCUUCUCACAUUGAUAAGCUAAAAAUUCGGCAGCGGUCAAAGCUAAACGUGGGGUAAUAAUUCUUUCAAUAGUUGGGUCAUUUGCCAAGUUUAAGAACAAGCAUACGUUUUCCAUAGAACCAUUCUCUUCAAAGUCUUGUUUGAAAAAUCUAGCGGUUUCCAUGUUGACACCCAUAGCAGCAAACACAAUAGCAAAGUUAUCCUCAUGGUCAUCUAAUACUGAUUUCCCAGGCACCUUGACAAGACCGGCUUGUCUACAGAUUUGGGCGGCGAUUUCGUUGUGGGGCAAACCAGCUGCUGAAAAAAUAGGAAUCUUCUGACCACGAGCAAUUGAAUUCAUGACAUCAAUAGCAGAAAUACCAGUUUGGAUCAUUUCUUCUGGAUAGAUACGUGACCAGGGGUUAAUUGGUUGUCCCUGGAUGUCUAAGUAAUCUUCGGCUAAGAUUGGGGGCCCUUUAUCGAUGGGUUUUCCAGAUCCGUUAAAUACACGCCCCAACAUAUCUUCUGACACAGGAGUCCUCAAAAUAUCCCCAGUAAAUUCACAUAAUGUAUUUUUGGCAUCAAUUCCGGAUGUGCCUUCAAAAACUUGUACCACAGCUUUUGAUCCACUGACUUCCAAGACUUGACCAGACCUGAGACUUCCAUCUGCCAGUUUCAGUUCAACAAUUUCAUUGAAUUUUGGAAAUUUGACAUCUUCUAGAAUAACCAGAGGCCCAUUUACACCAGAUACAGUUUUGUAGGUUAAUCUUGGCUGGGAAACGAAAUCCCUAGAUACGGCCAGAACAUGUUCUCUGGCAGCUUGUUUGGUUGAUAUUGACAUCUUGGAGGCUUAAUUAUUUAAAAAAAACCUUGUAAAGAAACUCUUGCAAGGAUUGCAAGUCUGUGACCCGCAAAGACAAACUCAAAUGAGAUCCGCCCACUUAUUUACUGCGUGAUUGAGGGAUAGUCUCACACUGCCACACACACAAAAAAAACUUCUUAACUAAAUGAUGAAUUAUGCACUUACAAGUUGGCUAAACAGCUACUUAAUAAAACUGAAGCCCGAUUCAUAAACACCACUGUUUCCGUCACCGUUCACCGCUGCCGUUUCUGUUUCAACUUCAUAGAUGCGUAAUCAGUGUAGUGUAUGCAUUCAUAUCCAACGUUUCCGUUCGUCGUUUCUCUUGGGAACGGCACCGUUCAACCUUGGCGAACUUUUAACUCCACCGUUCGUCAUUCGUGCAGUAGCCAAUUAAAUUAGACAAUUUUGGUCAUGUGAUUCAAGAUAAACAUUUUGGGUUAUGUAUGAUGUUGUUUUUGUCAUUGAGUUUGUACAAAAACUAGUUAUUUUCUAGAGUACACACACGAGACUAUCUAUAUCAGGAUACGACAACAAGAUAAAUCUAAUCUAAAAAUGUAUUCAAUAUGUCAGCGGGAACGGCAGCGGUUUAGAGUUUAUGAAUGCUCAUUAUUGCCUCCGGAACGACACGAACAGCUACAACGAACGGGAAUGGUGACGGAGAGUCUAUGGAUCAGGCUUUAAGAGAAAAAUUGUACAAAGAAAGACAUCGCUCCGUUGAGAAAAAGACUUACCCUAAGGAGCAAACGCCAGACAAAUCCACAUAAAAAAAGAAGAAUUUUAAUGCGUUGGUUGAUGGUUCACGUUGUUAAUUUGAUAGGUGCUUGGUUCUUGUUGUUUUUUGCAAUUUUUAUUAAUUUCGUCCGCAAUUUUCUCGAUUAUUGUGGAUGAAAAUGACUUCUCAUCGUAUCCCGAAUGAUAUUUGGGAAAACUGGGACAAGACUGGCAAACAGGAAUACAUGAAAUUAUGUUUAAAAAGUCUAAAACCUGAUGGUACUACUCCAGUUUUUGACAAGGGCCAUCUGCAUCCUCUAACUUUAUACCUCACCCAAUUGGUGGAUAAAGGAAUCAAAGGCGAUUUGAAAAAGCACGCUAUUACAAUGGUUUUACAAGAAUUAGCAGCUCUUCACAAAAACGUCGCAACAGUUAUUUGUGACGUGUUAAAUGCAGCGGACAGUCUAAGUUCACAAAUGGACGGGGAAGAAUCGAAAUAUCGCGCGAAUUUUUGCGCAAUCGUAAAAGCCAGCGAAAAGUUCUUAUCAGACAAACUUAUCAAGGAAAGAAUGGAAAUUGAAACUUUACAAGAAGUCGGGCUAUUAAAAUCUCGCACCUUUUACUCAAAAUUCAUCAAAAUUAAAACAAAACUCUAUUACAAACAAAGAAAAUUCAAUUUGUUUAGAGAAGAAUGUGAAGGAUAUGCCAAAUUACAAACAGAAUUAAAUAAAUCGUUUUCUGGAAAUACAAAUCUAAUUGAUGUUGUACAUUCUUUGAUAGGAUGCUUCAAUUUGGACCCCAACAGAGUUCUAGAUAUUAUUUUAGAAAGUUUUGAAAACAAACCCAAAGAUGCUCAUAUAUUUGUACCUUUAAUCAAAUCCUAUAUAAAUGAUUCUUCGAUUAUUAGCGAAGUCUUAUGCACUAAAUUAGCAUUUUUAAAAAACUCAGAUGAAGAAAUUCCAGCAACAUUUUACAUUCUAAUUGCACAUUUACUGCAACAUAAUUUAAUCAAUCUGGAAAAUAUAUACUGCAAACUAAUGCCUGAUGAUAAAGUGGUAGAAAAGGAUUGCGAAAAGGCUAUAAAAGAUGCUGCAGAGUAUGUGAGAAAACUACAAAUUAUAUCAACUAACAAUAAUAAAGAAGAAGAAAAUGAAGACCAGGAUACAAUAGAAGAUAUUCAUGCAGGGAAUCAAAAAUUGAAGCUAUGUGAAGCUUUAUUGUUAAUUGGAGACUGGAAACACGCAAAAAUCAUUAUAGAUUUAUUGCCCGAGCAUUAUUCAAUGGGAUAUGAACCUGUUGCGGUGGCUUUGUGCCAGUUAUUACACAGCCUUAUUGAACCUCUGUUUUCAAAAUAUUGUAUGUUGGGGCCUGAUGUGAAGCGGAAACCAGUAAAGAAACAUGAAAAUCCUUUGGCUCCACCUCAAGUGACAACUUUUGAGGAUAUUAAAAUAACUGUUAAACCUAUGCUGCUGACUUUGGGUUCAUCAUUGCAUUAUGAUGCUGUUUUAUUGAGUAAAAUCAUUCGAUUAUUCAAGGCAGCAUUGCAAGAAGCUGGAACAUCAUCCCCUUUAUAUCACGAUAUAGUUUCCAUAUUGGAUAUAACUAUAUUUCCUUCUUUGUCCUAUUUGGAUUGUAAUUGUUGCAUUUCUGAAGAAAUAUGGAGUUUAAUUAAAAUAUAUCCAUAUCAGAUAAGAUAUUGCUUGUAUUCGAGAUGGAAAAACGACACCUUUUCAGCAUACCCUGAACUAAUGAGAAGGCGUGGCGAUGCCGAAAAGAAAAUUAAAAAUAUUAUGAAAAGAGUUAGUAAGGAAAAUAUAAAACCUGUGGGAAGGCUGAUAGGCAAAUUGACCCAUUGCUCUCCUGGGUUUUUAUUUGAUUAUGUGCUGUUGCAAAUUCAGGUUUACAAUAAUUUAAUUAAUCCUGUGGUUGAUUCUUUGAAGUAUUUGACCAGUUUGUCUUAUGAUGUUUUGGGGUAUUGCUUAGUUGAAAAUUUAGCUAUGGCUGAUAAGAAAAGGGUGAAACACGACAGUACUUCAAUUUCCAGUUGGCUGCAAAGUUUGUCUUGUUUUUGUGGCGCUGUUUAUAAGAAAUAUUCUAUAGAACUUACAGGACUGUUGCAGUAUGUAGCCAAUCAACUCAAAGCACAAAAAAGUCUGGACCUGCUUAUUUUAAAAGAAGUAGUACAAAAAAUGGCAGGAGUGGAUUUCAAUGAAGAUUCUACUAUGGACCAACUUAUUGCAAUGUCAGGAGGGGAACUACUUAAAGGAGAGGCUGGUUACUUUAGCCAAAUUCGCAACACUAAAAAAUCCUCUCUACGACUCAAAGAUGCAAUGAACGAAAACGAUUUAGCUGUAGCCCUGUGUUUACUAAUGGCCCAACAAAACUACUGUGUCAUUUACAAGGAAACUGAAAAAAGUCAUCUCAAACUAGUAGGCAAAUUAUCUGACCAAUGCCAAGACACUCUAGUGCAAUUUGGCACUUUUCUGGGCUCAACUUUAACUGUAGAGGAGUACAUCAGUAAACUACCAAGUAUCCAAAGCAUGUUGUUGAACUAUCAUAUACCUACCGAAGUGGCAUUUUUCUUGGCCAGACCCAUGUUUAACCAUUCCAUCAAUCAAAAAUACGACGUUUUACGUAAACUUGACCCAAACUACAAAAAAAUGUCCCAGCCUGUUAAAAACCAAAAAUACUAUGAAGCAGUUCAAGAAGUUAUGAAACCUGUGUACAGUUCGUUGUUGCCGCUUCAUCCUCCCAACGUCUGGGAAGAUAUAACUCCGCAAUUUUUGGCAACUUUUUGGUCUUUGACUAUGUACGAUUUGUAUGUGCCUGAGGAUGUUUAUCAGCAAGUAAUUGAUAAAACUAAGCAACAAGCGGCAACAGCGUUGGAACAGAUCAAAGGCAAAAAAGAACAAGAACGUUUUCUAUCCCUGAUUGAGAAAUUGCUAGAUGAAAAAAAGAAGCAAACAGAGCACAUAGAAAAAGUUUUAUAUAGACUAAAGCAAGAAAGUGAAAGCUGGUUUCCUUCAAGAACAGGCAGAACGGCCAAAACCGAAUCAAUAACUAGAUUUUUACAACUUUGUUUAUUCCCUAGAUGUACUUUCACUCAAAUUGACGCCAUUUAUUGCGCUCAAUUCGUUCACACCAUUCAUAUGCUAAAAACGCCAUAUUUCUCCACUUUAUUGUGUUUUGACCGAAUCUUUUGUGAUGUCACAUACUCGAUAAUAUCUUGCACUGAAAAUGAAGCCUUGAGAUAUGGUAGAUUUUUAUACGCAAUGCUCGAAAUCGUCAUGAAAUGGCACAGAUCUAAGGAUGUUUUUGUAAAAGAAUGCGCAAACUAUCCAGGAUUUAUGACCAAAUUCAGGGUCAGCAAUCACACUGCUGACAAUUUGGAUAAUGUUGGCUAUGAAAAUUACAGGCACGUAGUACAUAAGUGGCACUAUAAAAUGGCCAAAGCCGUUGUAACUUGUCUCGAGUCCAAAGAUUAUGUACAAAUAAGGAAUUCUUUAACUAUUUUGAUUAAAAUUAUACCGUUUUUCCCCAUUUUGCUUAAAUUGGCUCAAUUUUUGGAAAAAAGAGUUGAAAAAGUAAGAGACGAAGAGAAAAAUAACAGGCAAGACUUGUACACACUUUCCACAAGUUAUUUGGGACAAUUGAAGCAAAGGGUGAGUGGAGGGCAUAUGGUCAAGGAAAACGAUUUUCAUUUACUGGCAGAUAAAGAUAAGACUGUAAAAGCUAAUCAGGAUACACCUUCAACAAGUACAAAAGAUGCAAUCAAGCAAAAUGGUGAUUCAAAAAUUUCAAAGGAAUUUCAAGACAAAAAACCAAUCCGCAUUUCAAUGGAAGAUACCAAACCACAACGAAUAACUAACAAUUCUGGAAAUAUAGAAAAUCAGAGCGUAGAAAAAGAACGACGUGACGAGAAACCUCCAAGAGAUCAAUCUAGGGAAAAAUAUUCUAGGAAAGAAGAAAAACGUCUAAUCGAACUAGAAAAAGAAAUCAAAAGAGAGCAAGAAGAACAAAGUAGAAGAGAACACAAAGAAGCAAGGUAUAUUGAAAUAAUGAGCCCAAAAGAAGAGCGUUAUUCAACAGAAAGACAGGACAAAUUUUAUGAGGAAAGAAACAGUAGUUAUUAUAUGAGCGAACGCGAAAGUGCUGGUUCAUCUGGCAAUUUAUCCAAGAACAUACAGGAUUUGGACAAUGAAAGAGAUAAUAAAAGAAGAAAAAUGGAAGCUCCUCCCUCCAAGAUUUCCAAGCACGAAGAACGCAAAGCACAACUGGGCACUUACAUGGAAAAAAUCGAAAAGAAGGAAAGGUCAGGUAAAUCGAAAGAGCGCCGAGAAAAAUUGACUGAGGAGGAAAAAGAUUUAAAAAAAGAUAGGAGAUUGGUCCGGAAAAGAGAUAGACUGGAAGAAAGUGCUUUGCAAGAUCUUGUCAAGCGUAGAAGAGACGAGGAAAAAGGAAAGCAAUUGGCACAUCAGAAUGGUGAAAAAUUCGAGCAAACGGUUGUUUUAAGAGAAAAACAUCAUCGAAAAGGAGAACCCAGAGAGCUAAAAGAAAUUUCAUCUCAUGAAAGAAGCCAAUCGAGGGAAAAACAUAGGAGGAGUGCGGAAAACAAAAGAAGAUAGCUGAAACUGAGAAGAAUCCUUCAAAAGUUAAAAUGAGGGGCGUCAUUAUGAUAAAACAAACAUGUUUAGUUCUUAAGUAUGUAAUAUUAAGAUGUAAUUAAUUAUUAAAUAACUAAUUAUUAAGCAUAAAUGUUAUAUUUGUAUGGAUUUUUGUGAGAAUAUACAUCUUCAUUUGGAAAAAAUUGCGUCAAUU